AUGGAAAACAAGAAAGCAAUAAACAAAAACAACUCAAUCUAUGGGUGCAUUAUUAAUGGUAUGAAAAGGAGCCCUUCAGAGUUAGCAUUUGAGGAGCUUCUUGCUUCUGUAGAUGAUCAUCAUGACAACAAGAAAUUAAUCCCUGAUGAUCACGUAAUAUUUGGAGUGCCGUCCGAUCAUCAUCACCAUCACCCUUUUGCCGAUCAUGACGUGCAUUUUCCUCUCAAAAAUUCGAAUAUUAUGAAAGAUUUUCCAAGUGAUAUGAUGCCGGCCGAUAAGCCGUUGUGGUCGCGAAAUUUCAGUCCGAAUCUAUCAAAGGCUUCGCCAACAUUCGAUUCCCAAUCAUCCGUAUGCGGGGAAAAAAACGGAUUUCGACCGUGGAAUUUCAGGAUGGAAUCUAACAGAAAGUCUGCACGGCGCUCUCGACAAAGAAAACAGGCACAGUUAACCGAGCUUGAACAGCAGGCAGAACAACUGAGACAGGAGAAUGCAGUCUUGUUCAAACAGCUCGCGAGUGCUUCUCAGCAAUUGAAAGACGCCACAACAAAUCAUCGUGUCCUUAAAUCAGAUGUCGAGGCUCUUAGGGCCAAGGUCAAACUGGCUGAGGAUAUGGUUGCCCGUGGCUCGUUGACAUCGAGCCUUAGCCACCUUAUCCAGAAUUAUCUGAACACGCCCGGACAAGAGUACAUGAGAAAUAAUAACAACAUAAAUUGCCCUGUCUCGCCCUUGGUGUCUGCACGUGGGGAUGACAACUCUCCGUAUUCUGGAAUAACAACAGGUGAUUCGAGCCUUGGGAUCGAUCAAACUGCGGAUCAGCCUUUUAGCCGCAAUGUUUCGACUAAUGGAGCUCUGUCGGACGCUGUGAAUUGCAUGCAGGAUAUGUGGACUUGGGAGUCUCACCAUCUUCCUCCUAAAUAA